AUGGAUGGGAAGACGGCUCCAGAGCAAGCAAAAAGCCAUGCUAAUCCACCGUUUUUGGGCAAAAGCCAAGGGCUGCAUACUGUGAAGAGAUUCUCUCUCUCGAUUUCAAAGCUUAAGAUAUUUCUUGGGGCUCUAGCGUUGUCCUAUUUUGCCAAAGGGUUCUCAGGAAGCUAUAUGAAGAGCAUGAUCACUCAGAUCGAGAGGAGGUUCGAAAUUUCCUCGUCCAUUGUCGGCCUGAUCGAUGGAAGCUUUGAGAUAGGGAAUUUAAUGGUGCUGAUCCUGGUGAGUUACCUUGGCUCAAGAAUCCAUCGACCGAAGGCCAUUGCAGUUGGUUGCCUUGUCAUGGCCACUGGAGCCUUUACUUCAGUGGCGCCUCACUUCAUAAUGGGGCGGUAUAAUUAUGAAAGCAUGUCCUUUUCAGUGGGCAAUUCUUCUACCAGCAUGGCAGCCUGCCUACCUGCGUCGCCUCCUUACCCUGCUGAAGAUAACACGGAAAUAUCUCAAAAUGCAACUACCCUUGGGUGUGAAAAACAUAGAGCUUCCUACCUCUGGCUCUUCGUUCUCUUCGGGAACAUUUUACGUGGAAUCGGCGAAGCUCCCAUCAUGCCUCUGGGGCUCUCCUACAUUGACGAUUUUGCCAGAGAGGAAAACUCCGCCUUUUAUAUAGGAGCUGUGAGAUCAUCUGGGUUGUUUGGACCAACUCUUGGAUUUCUUCUUGGAGCCUUGUGUGCUAAUAUGUGGGUUGACGUAGGAACGGUUGACGUUGAUACGUUGAUGAUCAAUUCGAAGGAUAUCCGUUGGGUCGGAGCCUGGUGGCUGGGGUUAUUGAUAUGUGGAGCUGUCAGCGUUUUGGCCUCUUUCCCUUUCUGGUUCCUGCCCCGGUCUUUGCCCAAAGAAGGAGAAGAAAAAAACAGCAAGGAGAAGCCGAGCGACAUCUAUACGAUCACCCAAGACAGCAGCAGCAAAAUAGAGGCACCGAUGCAACCAUCACUUGAAGUUUUGUCAGCAGUAAAAGGUUUCUUUCCCUCUGUGAAGAUGCUUCUUGGCAAUGUUAUUUUCCUCGUCUUUUUGCUUCUGAAUAUCCUACAGUUCAAUUCUACAGUUGGGGCAACAAGUUAUGAACCCAAGUUUAUGGAGCAGCAAUUUAACAUAUCUGUUUCAAGUGCCAUCUUUUUUAUUGGUGUGGUGCUUCUGCCCUUUGCAAUUGUGGGGAUGUUCUUGGGAAGCUUUCUCAUCAAGAGGUUCAAGAUGGACGUCAAGGGGAUGGCAAAGUUUGCAUGCGUCACCUUCGUGGCAUCCUAUGUUUUAAACCUGUUUUACUUCAUUGCUGACUGUGAAGUGCUGCAGGUGGCUGGUUUGACCGUCAACUACUCUGGCAUAAAACAACCAUCCUUCUCCGAAGAAAAACUCUGGUCUUCCUGCAAUUCUGACUGCAACUGUGAGACCCGCCAUUGGGAUCCUGUUUGUGGAGACAACGGAAUCACCUACAUGGGCGCGUGUUUGGCAGGAUGCAGAGCUUCCCUGGGGACCGGAAAGGACAUGGUAUUUCACAACUGUAGUUGUGUGGGAGCUUCUGGACCUGGCAAUUUCUCUGCUGUUUUGGGCCAGUGUCCAAGAGAGAAAUGUUCAAAAGUGUUCCCGUAUUUUAUGGCUGUUUUGGCCAUACAUGUGUUGUUUCUGUGUCUGGGAGCAACUCCUUUCUACAUGAUUAUGUUCAGGACAGUUUCACCAGACUUAAAAUCUUUUGCUGUUGGAAUCGAAACUUUGUGUGGAAGAAUAUUAGGGGGACUUCCAGCACCUAUUUAUUUUGGAGCACUGAUUGACAGAACUUGCUUGAAGUGGGGCGUGAAAUCCUGUGGUGAAACAGGGGCUUGCAGGGUAUAUGACUCUCAAGCAUUCAGAAAAGUUUAUCUCGGACUCACAGCUUCCCUGAGAGGGGGAAGCCUCAUCCUCUACGUCGUUCUUUUAAUUUUAAUUGUGAAGCGAGUCGGACAAGACAAAGGCUCGGGAAAGGUUUCCCAAAGCACUGAGACGCUUUCUCCAAAAGCACCAACAACAGGGCCAGGAGAGUUCUCUUCCAUGGAGGCAUCCGUAAAUGAAGACACCUUCUUGUGA